GGGCUCCCCAUGGACCGUCUUUACGCUCCCGACACGAAUCCCGGUUGAAGGUACUGCCGUAUACCCACGAUACCCACCACACGGUCCGAUCCAUAACCUCUUUCGACCCCUGCGACAAGAAGCGAGUGAUCUUCGCCGCACCAAGCAAACAAAGGCUCUCCUGAUCCUUCUCAAGCCAUCAUGCUUCGUUCUUUUACAAGUACAUCCAGUCGUGCAUCGAGCGUAAUUGCAGGCAUACGAACCAUGAGCUCCACCGCCGCGCCCAAGUUCCAGAUCUUCCGCGAGGUUGCUCCUCUCCGAGCCUACCGCCGCCAGCAACUCCUCAACCAAAAGUCCGUGGGCCUGGUGCCUACCAUGGGCGCCCUGCACGCUGGCCAUCUUUCUCUCGUCCGCCAGGCCGCCCAGGAAAACGACGAUGUCUUUGUCACCAUCUAUGUGAACCCCACCCAGUUCGGCGUCAACGAGGACCUGGACAGUUACCCCAAGACCUGGGACUCGGAUCUGGAAAAGCUGCAUGCCCUUGACCAGGAAUUGGCUUCCAGCUCUGCCCGUGGCCGGAUUUCCUCCAUUUUUGCUCCGACUAGCAAGGUCAUGUACCCUACCUUGCCGCCGUCUUCUGAGAUUGACGGCCACGGAUCCUUUGUCACCAUCACUCCUCUGGCAAACAAGCUGGAGGGUGCCUCUCGGCCGGUCUUCUUCCGUGGUGUAGCCACUGUUUGCACGAAGCUCUUCAACAUUGUCCAACCGGACAAGGCCUAUUUCGGCCAGAAGGACAUCCAGCAGACAGUCAUCAUCCGCCGCAUGAUUGAGGAUUUCCACAUCAACAUGGAGUUCCGCCUCGGGGACACUCAGCGCGAGGCCGAUGGUCUGGCAAUGAGCUCGCGCAACGUGUACCUGGGGGCGCGGCGCCGCAACGUCUCCACAAUUCUGGUGCAGGCGCUGCGCCGCGCAGAGGAGCAGUACAAAGGCGGGCGCCGCAAGCGCGAUGACAUCCUCUGGCCCGCGCACGACCUGACCAACAGCAAACUCAUGGAGCAGGAAGAGCUGCCGCCAUCACAGCGCGCCCUCUAUGAUGUCGAUUAUAUCUCUCUCGCGGACCCGGACACCCUGGAGGAGGUCGACGUUGUCGACGAGAAGAAGGGCGCCAUCCUCAGCGGCGCUAUCAAGAUGAGACCUCUGGAGGAACCGCAGGAGGGCGAGGACAGCGGCCUCGGCGAGGGCGCGGUGCCCGUCCGCUUGAUUGAUAACCUCAUCCUUGCGCCGGGCGCGUGAGCUCUUCCGUGCUGUCUUGUCGAGUAGUGUAAAAUACCCAUUUUGCUGUUGCGAGCGUGCUUGCGCUUUGUAGGUACUUUGAUUUAUGCAAUCAGCAUGAUGUUUGUGGCAUGGUUGAGCGUAGAUGGGGCAGGGCAGGUUUUUGCUCGCUGUUUGUCGUCGUGGCUCUGAUGGUUAGAUCUGCGGCUGACGGCUCUUCAGUACAAACGUUUGUCCAAAUCAAGAUUUGUUUCCGUGGCCAUCGUAGCCGAUUCUUGUCGUGUUAAAAACCUUGGAAACGUCAAAACGAGCAUCGCAGUAUAUAUUCAUGAAAAAUCUGAAGACUACCUAGGCAC